AUGAACUACUCCAGUAUGAUUGAGGAGAAGAACCUCAAGAAAACAUUCAUCAUAGCGACCCUCUGUUCCACGCUCGUCGGCACCUUCAGCUCCUCCAUCGGCCUCUGGGAUCGGGUGCAGGACCGCCGCAAGCAGAGGAAGCGCGACACGAAGCAGGACGACAAGAUCGCCUCCAUCCAGGCGCAGCUCGACGAGUCCGAGAGACGUAACAAGGACAAGGACGGGCAGCUGGAGCGGCUGAGCACCCACGGCGGCAGCCGAGGGGGAGGAGGAGGAGGAGGAGGAGGAGGAGGAGACCGCGACGAUGUGGGGUACGCUCUGCAGCGAUCGGGCGCCGCCAUCAGCCGCGAGUUCGACGAAGGCUACGCGCAGCUCGGGCGGCGGUUCGCCGUCGGCGACCCCGUCACGGAGAACAGGCUGCAGGCGCAGGUCAUCGCCCUGCAGCAGACCGUCAUCAACGUCCUGCAGGACGCCCUGUACAGCGGCCGGCCCCUGGACGCGCACGACAUGUCCAGGCUGAUCGCGGCCUCCAACGCCGCCCGCGACGGGUCCCUGGACGCCCUGAGGGGCCAGCGCCGGCGCCAGAUGCUCGCGCUGGACGAGCCUGCGGCCCCCAUCGGCCCCCCGAAGCGGGCGUCGACCAUCAUGGACGCGGAGCCGCUCUACUGCAGGUACGCGCUCGACCUGCAGUACGUGCGCAACAAGCCGCUGGCGGCGGCGUUCGCGCCGGGCGGCAGCUGCCGGUGCCCCGGGUGCGGGGUGAGGCUGGACGUGGAGUCGGACGACUUCUGGGAGAUCGACAAGCGGGCGCCCCGCGUGGUCAUGGACGGGCGGUACGAGCGCGAGGUCCUCGAGGAGCGCGAGUUCCACCUCGGCCAGCGCUUCGUCGUCAAGUGCCACACCCCGGACGGCGAGUACGCCUGCGUGCUCUGCAGCCGCCACCGCGAGCGCGACGCCAUCUGCCCGACCGUCAAGUCGCUCAUCAACCACGUCGGCAAGUUCCACGACAUCAGGGAGCUGGAGCAGGAGGUCGACUUCGACCAGCAGUCGAGGACACUGCCGCUUGCGCUGCCCGCGCCGCCGCCGCCGAGGCGUAAUAGUCGCGACAGACAGGAGAAGCAGCGCGCUCUGGAGUACAGCCCCGCCGUGCGGCAGAGGGAUGAUUUUGAGCUGGACGGGAGGAGUUCUGGCCGUGCUUCAAACUACUCAUGA